AUGGUUGAGGGCAAUUUAUUAGGCUGGACAAGCUGCGCAACCACCAUCAACCCGCGAACCCAGACCCGGGACAGCUCGGAGACCUCCAUGCUGCGGAACGCGAUCAAGCGCAACUACAACCUACAGAUAUUCACGCACACGCUGGCGAAGCGGAUCUUGAUCAACAAUUGCAAGAGAGCCGUUGGAGUGGAAGUCAGCACGUCUGGGGUGGGCAGUGGAAGCACAACGUUCAAGAUUCAUGCUUCAAAGGAAGUCAUCGUGUCUGCAGGUGCUUUCAGGUUACCACAGCUUCUGAUGGUCUCUGGAAUAGGCCCGGCUGAAACCCUGCAAGCACACGAUAUCGAUGUGAUAGCCGAUCGGCCGGGUGUCGGACAGAAUCUGUUCGACCACCUCUGGACCGCCGUCACCCGGAAGUUCAACGUGACGACCAGCGCACGUCUAGCGGACCCCGACUUUGCCGCAGAAGCGAAUGCUGAAUAUGUGGCCCACCGGACUGGUAUUAACACUAACCCAGGUGGAACCCUUAUCGCCUUCGAGAGACUGCCGCGAGGAUCGAUCAAGGACUCCACCCGCAAAGACCUGGACACCGCUUUUGGGGGAGACUGGCCGGAUCUCGAAGACUUCUCGAUAGACGCAUAUGCCUCGACGAACGAUGAUUACUUGCUCUCAGCUCCGGAUAUGGGCAACUACUCAGCCAUUGCUGCCACGAUGGUAGCGCCUUUCUCUCGCCGCAACGUCAUGAUACAGAGCAAGGACACUGCUGUUCAUCCUAUCGUCAACCCGGCAUGGUUGAGCGACCCACGAGAUCUUGAAGUGCUUGUUGCAGGGGUCAAGCGUGUGCGGGAACUUUUCAACACCAAAGUUGUGACUCCGUUCCUCAUUGGCGACGAAGUCUACCAAGGGUCGAACGUCACGACGGAUGCUGAAAUUGCAGAGGUGAUAGCGGCUUCGAGUGAUAGUGUGUUCCAUCCGGCCGGGAUCUGCCGUAUGGGCAAACCGAACGACGAAGACGCAGUACUGGACAGCCAGGCCCGUGUCCUCGGCGUCCACAACCUCCGCGUUGCCGACGCCAGUUUCUUCCCCGUCCUCCCACCGGCUCAUCCAUCAGGCACGGUCUACGGCCUUGCAGAAAAGAUUGCUCACGUCAUCCUUGCAGCCAAAGAACCACAGGCCGAGCUCUGA